GCACGGCUGUUGUUGGUGGUGGAAGCGGCCGAUAUACACACGGGCACGGCUGUUGGUGGUGGAAGCGGCCGAUACACACACACGGGCACGGCUGUUGGUGGUGGAAGCGGCCGAUAUACACACGGGCACGGCUGUUGGUGGUGGAAGCGGCCGAUAUACACACACGGCUGUCGGUGGUGGGAGCGAAUAUAUAUAUACACACACACGGCUGUCGGUGGUGGGAGCCCGGACGAGCAUACCUCAAGCCCAGGCGAAAACAGCACCGCUGGUCAGACCCACCCCCCGCCCGCCCUGCAGCCACAAUGGCCCAGAACGUGGACCCCACCACCGCCGCGGGCACCGCCGCAACCCGAAAAGGCAGCGAAAGCGGCGCGGCCAUCACCCGUGGUUCGGUGUCCAAAAGGUUACAACAGGAACUGAUGGCCCUCAUGAUGUCCGGUAACAAAGGAAUUUCCGCUUUCCCCGAGUCGGACAAUCUCUUCCGUUGGAUUGGCACCAUUGACGGCGCCGUGGACACGGUCUAUGAGGGUUUGAGGUACAAGCUCUCUCUAGAAUUCCCCAGUGGCUACCCGUACAACGCUCCCACGGUGAAGUUCCUGACCUCCUGCUAUCAUCCCAAUGUGGACGGAGAAGGCAACAUCUGUCUGGACAUCCUCAAAGACAAAUGGUCAGCACUUUAUGACGUCAGGACGAUCCUGCUGUCGAUUCAGAGUUUACUGGGAGAGCCAAACAUACAGAGUCCCCUGAAUGUUGCUGCAGCUCAAUUAUGGUCUAAUCAGCAAGAGUACAAGCAACGGCUACAUGAGGCAUAUGCACGACAGCUGAAGAGUUGAGGCUGGGCCCAGAACUUCCAGCUGCUCUCCUACCUCCUGUGUUCUUCUCCUGUGUUCCCCUUUUGAAUGUCUGUCAGUCCAAUUAUGUAAAUGGGCAUGUGCUUAUCUUUUUUUUUAAUUUGCCAUGUGAAUAAAGUGCACUGUGGUUGAUUUUCUAAUAAAUGCUAUGAAACAUUUAA